AAAAAAAAAGAGUUUAAAAACUUUUGCAGUAAGCAUCCUAAAUAAGGUAAAAAUAAUUAAAUGCUUGUCCCACGUUAUUUUGUGUGACAAGUGGAAUUUAAAAAUUGCGCACUUUUUACGACAAUAAAGUUUUUUUUAGAUCUUUUUGAUCUAAAAAUUUCAAAUUGCACAUAUCUCAAAAUGGAGUACGUAAAUGAUAAUGAACAAUAUCCCGAUAACUCGCCUCCCGAUUUAACAAAAUUAUUACAACGAUCUGUAAAGCGAACAAAAGCAAUGUUUCAAUCCGGCACUGGUACAAAUUUUCUUCUGGAGGAUGACGAAAGUCAACAGGUCAAGUUAAGAAUAAAAAUUAACGACGAGUAUAGUGAUGUUCAGCAGUUACCUGCUUCAUUAUUAGCACAACAAAGUAGAGGAAAGAAAAGACCUUUAGAGACGGGCGAAUCUGGUUUGGAUAAUGGUGCUUCAGAAACUAAUGGGACUGGUCCCGUAUCUAUGCAAUUGGAUAAUAAUGAGCAUUUGCCUCAAAUCACCGGGGGUCAUACAUAUCCUUCUGCAUCAGGAGUGUCACUUUCUGAGGAUAACGCGGUUGAAGGACAAGUGUCUGCUAAUACUAUACAAAAAUUAGUUGAUAAUCUUCCACCUUCACGUGUUCAACAAGAAGCUGCGAAAACUGCACAUGGUGUAGUCGCUAUUAGACAAAAGGCCGGUAUUAAUGCUACACCAUUUGCAACUUCAGGAUCUUUGGUAAGACGUCAAGUUCCGAGAGCGCAACGUCCAAAUUGGCAUGCUCCUUGGAAAUUAAUGAGGGUAAUUAGCGGCCAUUUAGGAUGGGUUCGUUCUAUAGCUGUAGAACCGGGGAAUAAAUGGUUUGUAACAGGUGCUGGCGAUCGAACCAUCAAGAUUUGGGAUCUUGCAUCUGGUACUUUGAAACUUACUCUUACAGGUCAUAUUUCGACAGUUCGUGGUUUGGCUGUUUCACCACGACAUCCGUAUUUGUUUUCUUGCGGCGAAGACAAAAUGGUUAAAUGUUGGGAUCUUGAACAAAAUAAAGUUAUACGACAUUAUCAUGGUCACUUGUCUGGCGUAUAUUCUUUAAGUUUACAUCCUACAUUAGAUAUUUUAGCUACAGCAGGAAGAGACGCUACUGCGAGAGUAUGGGAUAUGCGUACAAAACAAUGUAUUCAUGUAUUAAGUGGACAUUCUUCAACAGUAGCAGAUGUAAAAUGUCAAGAAGUAGAUCCACAAAUAAUUACAGGUUCAAUGGAUUCAACUAUCAGACUUUGGGAUUUAGCAGCAGGAAAAACUAUGGCAACGCUUACGCAUCAUAAAAAAUCUGUUAGAGCAUUAGCUAUACAUCCCGCAGAAUUUACUUUUGCUAGUGGUAGUGCUGAUAACAUUAAACAGUGGAAAUGUCCUGAAGGAACUUUUAUGCAAAAUUUUGAAAAUCACCGUGCUAUUAUUAAUACUUUAGCUGUUAAUGUUGAUAAUGUUUUAUUUUCUGGUGCUGAUAAUGGAUCGAUGGCAUUUUGGGAUUGGAAGUCAGCAUAUAAAUUUCAAUCGUUGGAGACAACCGUUCAACCUGGAUCUCUGGAAUCUGAAGCUGGUAUAUUUGCUAGUACAUUUGAUCGCACAGGAUUAAGAUUGAUUACGUGUGAAGCUGAUAAAACUGUUAAAAUUUGGAGAGAAGAUCCUAAUGCGACUCCAGAAACUCAUCCUAUUGAAUGGAAGCCAACAUUGAUUAGAACUAGAUAUUAAUUAGUAUAUUAUUAUUACAUUAUAUUUUACUUGUAUAUAUUUCUAUUUUUAAAACAAAACAUGAUUAUGAAGUUUAAUA